AUGUCUUCCAAAGGCCCCGGUCUCUUCUCCGAUAUCGGAAAAUUAUCCAGAGAUAUCCUUACCAAAGAUUACAACUCCGAUCAACGAUUCACAAUCUCCUCCUCCACCAACUCCGGCAUCGAUUUGAAUUCAACGUUAUUGAAGAGUAGAGGACUUUCCUAUGGAGAUGUUGCUGCUCAAAUUAACCACAAAAACAAUACUCUUCAUUUCAAAGUUGAUACCGAAUCUAGUGUGUUGACGACAUUUACUCUCACAGAUUUCGUGACUUCUGCGAAAGCCAUUGCUUCUAUUCGGUUACCUGAUUAUAAUUCCGGCAAGAUUGAGAUCCAAUAUCUUCAUGAUCAUGCUGGUUUUACUACUUCUGUUGAUUUAAAUCGCAACCCUGCUAUUGAUUUUUCUGCGACAAUUGGUACUCCUGGAAUUGCAUUUGGUGCAGAAACUAGCUACUCCACGAGUGUUGGGAAGUUUACAAAGUAUAAUGCUGGAUUGUGCUUGAAGAUGCCGAGUUCCCAUGCUUCUGCCAUUUUGGCUGACAAGGGAGAUUCCAUGAAGGUAUCGUACUUGCGCGACCUAGAAAAAUUGAAUGGGGGAGCGGUUGUGGGAGAAAUGAGCAGGAAGUUCUCUACGAAUGAGAACACGUUGACGGUUGGAUGUUCUUAUGUGGUUGAUCCUCGAACAACAGUGAAGACAAAGCUGAAUAACCAUGGUAAUCUUGGGGCGUUAUUGCGGCAUGAGCUUACACAUAGGUCAUUCUUGACAAUCUCUGGCGCCUUUGAAACAAAGGCAUUGGAAAAUAGUCCUAAAUUUGGUUUCUCCCUCCUGCUCAAGCCUUAA